AUGGCCCACCGUGGAGGCUUUGCCACGUUAGCCCUAAAUAUUUCAAUAUUGCUGAUUUUCUGUCUAGAUUCCCGAUAUGUUUCCAGCACAGAACCAUCAGUGCCAUGGUACGAAAACCUUCCAGCCGUUGCCAUGGACUAUAAAGUGCACAUAGAUCCUGGAAAAGAGGACUGCUAUUUCCAAUAUGUUAACCCGGGGGCCACUUUUUACGUUAGUUUUCAGGUGGUUCGAGGUGGUGACGGUAUGGCAGGCUUUGCUGUUCGAAACCCAACUGGCCAAAUAGUGCAUCCGUACCAAUGGAAGCCGAACAGUGAAUACCAAGACCAAUCAUCGACUGGAGGCUACUAUUCCGUGUGCAUCGAUAACCAGUUUUCCAAAUUCGCCGCCAAACUGGUCAAUAUCUACCUAACCGUCGUCAGAUACGAUCUAUGGGAGCAAUACACCAAAGAUGUGGAUGAAUUGAAUAUGAACAUGGAAAAUUUCACUUCAACGAUUGUGGGGGUGGAGCGGAAUAUCAACGAAAUGCUACAGUUCCAACACCGCACAAGAGCCAGAGAGGCGUGGGACAUGAAUCUGCUGACUGCGAACAACAACUAUGUGGUUCGUUGGUCGAUUAUCCAAAUUCUGGUCAUUGCUGGAACGACCAUUGUGCAGGUGUAUUUUGUUAGGAAACUGUUUGAUGUUAAUUCUGGCAGUGGGUUUAGCAAAACUAGGAUUUAAGGGUGGAAGUUUGAUCUGGAAGACACGAUUUUUUACUACUUGACUGACUAGCUGAGCAGUAUAAGCGUUCAAUAAGUGAAAUUUACAGGGAAUUUUCCAAUGCAAGAUGAUAAUUUUCGCCAUGUAGUGUAUAGUUCUGCUAACCAAACGCGAAAAAGACAAGUGGGCAGUUCAACCUUUUCACUUUCCAUUAACAUUGGCUUUGCCUUAAAUCAUGACAACUAAGUCUGUGAUGGAAAUUGCCUUUAUUUAUAUUUUAUAUUUUCUACUGUUGUUAAAUCACCACACUAUGAUUGCGAUUAUACUUAGAAAUGGACGUGAUUGAGAUUGGGAUCAAAAGCUAAUUCUAACUUUUUUGUUGUAAUUAAUAGGCGACUGUUGAGCAUUUAAGUUUUCCACACAUGAUCAUCGAAUUAACUUUAGAUGUUGAUCUCGCCAGAGCGAAUAAAACGCAUUCGUUUAUCCAUAAAAACGGGGGGUUUAUUUUGUAAACAUAAAAUAUUCUAUAUACAACCAUGUUACAAGAAUUAAAAACAACGUUUUUAUAAAAUACAAA